CUCGCCUUUGGCGCGGCGGUGCGUCGUUGGUUUGCAGCAGCGGGAUCCGCUUUUCUGGCCCCCCUCUCUCUCCUUUGUCUCUUUCGGAAGGGCGGUGAGGGGGGAACCAAAAAGAAGAGACGAGGGGGGAUGGGUGGUAGGGAGGGCACGGCCAGGUUGCUUGGGAAAGGGGGUUCUCAGCCGGGCUGGUGGGCAAGCCGGCAGAGACGAGGGAGGAAAAGUGCUGCUGCUGCCUGCUCGUGCGGGGGGAGAUUGCGGUGCUGCUCUGCUGGGCGACGGCGUUUUCAAGCUGGAGUCUGCCGACGAAGCGACUGACUCGCCGCUCGCCGAGCGGCGCGUUCUCAAACGCAGUGACAAGGGCGGCUACAUGUACUAUCACAUCGAGAAGUGCAUGGAGAGCUUGGAGCCGAAGACGCCCAGCUGGACGGAGAACGACCUGCUGGUGCUGAUCACCGAGUACUGGAAGCGGAAGGACAUUCUGCGUGCCAAGGCCUCCGAGAGCGUGACAAACCUGCAGAAGCGCGAAUGCUGGAUCGAGAUCACCGACGUGGUGAACGCGCGCUGCUUCACGCCGCACACCAAGAAGACCAUGGACCAGCUGAAGCGCAAGUGGGAGAAGACCAUCAUGCUAGCCAAGAAGGCUGCGCUCAACAUCCAGAAGCGAUCCGGUAAUCUGUCAGACUUGGCCCCGGCCUACCAGCUGGCCUUGUCCAUAGUCUGCGAGGAUUUUCCGGCGUCCCUGGAAUGCGCGAACGGCCUCGCCGCAGCAGAUGUGCCCUCUCUCGCUGAGCCACCGAACGCUGGCGGAUAUAUCGACGAAGUGUCCAGCAUGGUGAUCACAGAGCUUGAGGAAGAGUCGUCGGGCGACGGGCCGCCUAUUGCCAAGUGCGACAAGACGCAGCCGGUCAAGGCGGAGAUGCUGAGCGAGGCUGCAGAGUGCGCCCCACACUCCUUGGGCAGCCGUGCGUUUCAGCCCAUCCUGUCUGGCAGCAGCACCCAGGACGGCACCGCCGACGGCAUCCACCAGCCACAUCAAGACGUGACCGCCGAUUUCGUCAGCAACUUCCGGAAACGCAAGUGGGAGCAAGACCUGGUGGAACUGCAGAAGGAAAAAGUGCGCCGCCAAAUCCAGUACCACAAGGUCCAGCACGAGCUCCAGAUGAGCGUUCUCCGGUCGCAGAUGGAAUUCUGGGAAAUGAAGAAGUCCAAGCUGGCUGCCGAGAUACGCCAGGGUGGCAUUCCCACGUUGCCACCAACGUUGCCGACGGCGGAUGCGUCGACCACGUAGUCUCUGCUGCCGUCACGUGUGUGAUGUCGCGAAAGGACGCCCCCUGCAGUCAUCUUCCGCGGCGUUGUGGGCUCCUACGUCAGGCUCCGAUACACCAGUGCUCAUCGAACGGCCAUUUGACCAACCAUCCAACGCACAAAUCACAUUCACCCGCGCGAGGCGUGUGCGCAAACAUUCAUUGAUAUAUUAUGUGCAUGUGAAAAAAAGCUGUCUCGCUCAGCGAUGCCAAGCUUGAGCCAGUCACCCGUCACGUCAUCGUGUGUUGUGUCGCUCUGAAUCGAAGCAAGCUAUCGCUCGAGCUUUUAUUCUAAAUCGAAAUGUUCACCACCAGGAGCAGAAAUUCUAGAAAUGAAGAACAGUGCCGAACGCUGGAAUCAGACGCUGAAAGAGCGUUUUCUUUUUCAUUUUUUUUUCGGCCGUGUCAAAAGAGGGAGCAAACUGGGGCAGCAUUCUUGGGCGGUCACAUUUGGAUAUACUUUCGCGAGAUUUCACGAGAAUAGCGCCGGACGCGUCUGCUUGUAUGUACGAGUAACACUGUUUCCGGUGAUCGCCCGACAAUACCGCCCUUGCAAUGUAUUCAAGAAAAUGAAUUCUGCGCACCCUAUAACUGCGACAGUACGCAUGCAGUCAGAGCUUUUUUUAUGGUCGAGUUGAAACUACGAGAGUAUACGGAAACCACGUGACGUUCAGCACUAAAGUAACGUAUGAAUUGAUAAUAUGUGGUUUUUAGUGGCGCAAGGACCAGGUGUGGCCUAAGAGCGCCAUGGGUAUAUACCGUACGAAUUCGAAACCAGAAAUGGUCAUAGAUUGUUUACUAUACGACUUUCAUUUCCGUGGCAAUGGACGCCUUGAAACAGAGUAAAAAAAUUGCAGUGUUAUUCGUUAAAGCAUGCAUAGUCACUAAGUGUAAACCUGCACCCAUCAAGAAACGCCGGCUUGCACACUGGCCGAAUACUUUCACGAUCGCAGGUAAUGCAUCGCGACGAGGUGAACCUGCCUUCGCUGGUUAAAUUCCAGCUACUAUAUAGUUUGUUAUUUUGCUGUGUUAGUGAUUAAAGUCACGGAUUGAUCGAAAACACUGAUAUCAGGAGUGAAUGUUCUUCCUUUAGAACGUCUCCCCAGUUAAUUGGGGAAAAGUGAUGCAAUGUAGAAAUGCACGCUCUAAAGAGUCGCUGUUAUUGACGUGACGUCCUUGCUGGAACAUCACGUUUAACGCUUUGCAAAAAUGUGGAGUAUAAUGAGCAGAAGAAUGUAAAAGCUUUUUUUUGCACUCGCGGAUAAUUGACACGACACUCACAAUAAACACCA